UCGAUUGCAAUAACUCAGAGUAGGCAGUUUUGCUAUCAAAAAGUUCACGAUAAUCCCUCGAGUUUUCUGCUGCCUUUUUCUGUCUUCGAGCGGGAAAUGGGAGCCAUUUCCUGACUCAAAUUGAGUUGGGCGGGACUUUUGGGGUGUUUAUUGAUUUGCUGGUGCCAUUUUGCACUUCCAAAUGUUCUCUGGGAACAAGAUGAGCCACGGGAAAGAGGGAAUGGAGCAACACUGGCCAGACUUCUCGGGAUCUUCCAUGGCAAUAACUUUCAAGAGGGGAUCUCCACCCAUCGAAUGGAAUGAGGAUGCUUCGGAACUGCCACGCCAAUUCGUCCCAGUGUCAAAAAAUCACACCAAGAGCCAAUAUUUCAGUUCAUGUUUGAUUUGGAUCGAAUUAUGUGUACAGAUCGUUGCCAUUCGUAAUAGAUUGAAAAGCGGAGAACUCAAACGCUGGAUCUAAGUAGAGAGGACGUUCCAGCCUUUUCGGAGGUUUGUCAGCAUGGCAAAUUGAAGGUCCAAGCCUUUUUUAUCUAGGUUAAUCCCCACGAAAGUCUUGAUUGCGAUUGCUAGAGCACCGUUUCCUUGUGACCUGUGCAAGGAUUAAGGCCAAACGGAAGUUGUUAUCAGUCGCGCAACAGUUUGAACAACUAUUAAAGGCAACAGAGAUAAAAAGAACAACAGCAGAGUCAGCAAAACUUCGAUAUCAUUGAACGUGAACGCUCUGUUCAACCAACAAAACAUUUCAUCUUCAAAAUGAACCUCAUCUGCCGUCCAAAUAUACCAAGAUCGCCUAAAACCACGAAAAUGUGUCGGACUUAUUAUCCUGUCGGACUUAGAACCCAAUUAAAAGUCCCGCUGAAAAGCGUCUCAAUCCAAAUCAAAGUGGUGGAUUUCUUUUCGAGUGCCACCAUGGAGCAAGAAUAUCGAAAUGAGGAGUCCUUCUCCAUCAACACGGAGUUCGUAUUUCUUGUCAGGCAAAACAUCUCAAUCACUAACCUGAGUUGGGAAAUUGAUGGAAUUUCCUCGGAGGCUAAAAUUAAGGAUUGUAAAGAGGCAAACAAACUCUUCCAGUCAGCUGUCAAGCGUGGAUUUCUCGCGGGAAUUUUAGAAUUUGAGAACGGCCGAUUUUUGACCAUGAAGAUUGGCAAUUUAAAUCCAUGGAGUGUGAUCAAAAUCAGUGUCCAAUUCGUAGAAGUAUUGGCCAUUGACGAAACGAAUCAUCUAACUUUGGAAUUGCCCAUGCCAAAUAUUAAGCAAAUUGACAAUAUUCAAAAUUUGUCAAAAUGGGAGGAUUGAAAGACCUCGAAAGCGACCAAGGUGUGUCCACCUUCGUUGUCCAUCCUUGUCGAGAUCGUGUCCAGAGGAGCCAUCACAUCUGUCAAGAGUUCGUCGCAUCAGAUCCAGGUGGAACCGCCCAUGAAUGAGGGUGAUCUAAAUGUGGUUCUAGCACAACUUGAAGGGAAUCUUUCACUUUUGGCAAAACAUUUCAACUUGAGCAUCUUUAUCCAGGAUUUGGCCCGUCCGUCCAUUCAUGUCGAAAAGCAUUCGACCAGAAAUUCAUUUGCCUCUAUGCUGAACUUUGUUCCAAGAAUGGACUUCGAAUAUGAACCAGUGGAGUUAGUCAUUCUCAUGGCAUUUUUUGAACCUUUGCAGUCGCUAAAUAUCUCAAAUUUACAAUUCAACCUUCGGUUGCUUUUGCAUUCAUUGCCUUUCGGUAGCUUUUUUAAAAUUGUAACCCCCAUUGACCAAGGCGAAAGUGUUCCAAUUGGAACAGAGGCCAUCACAAGUGCCUCAAGCACUCUAGAUAACCUCGAAUGGAAUACCUACGACGUCAGGGGAGGAGAACAGUUUUCGCAAGUCCUGGUUCAAGAAGUGGAGUCACCUGUGGGUGCAGGGUUGCCAAUAAGGAGAAAAAACAUCCAUGUGCUGACGAACAAUGAUCCAAAUCUAAAGGACGAAACCCUCGAUGUGGUGCGCAAAUCAUCCGAACUUCUAUCCAUAUUCGUGCUCUCCGUGGAAAGCAGGAGUGAUGAUUGUUCCUUGGAAACUCUGGCUUCGCUUGGAAGGGGCUUUUGCGAGACUCUUUCGGACAAUGGACUGACCUCCAAUGGACGAAAGGUGAUUGGCAUACUGAAGUGCAUUCUUCAGCCUGUUUACAGGGCAAAAGUAUGCUGGCAUAAAAGUUGUGAUUUGAGCUGGAUGUCGACCCUCAAAGGCCACGGUCGUUGGCGUUUGCGCCAGGACAAUCCUUUACAAGGUCAAUGGCCAAGAACAAUCCCAAGAGUCUUUAACGGCCGAAAAUUAACCGUAUUCUACAUGUACGGAUCAACGGCUCCACCGACCAAGGAUGUCCAUGUUCAUCUGACGUGUGAACGACCCAAGGCUGACUUCAAAAUGGAAUUUAUGUCCACGUCUUCAACGAAUACGAAGAUCCACCAAGUAGGGGCCUUUUGUCGAAUAAAGGAGUUGGAGCUGGAAUUCACUCCUAAUACGCGUGCCGAAUUAGUGAAGGUAUCGGAGACAUUUCAAGUGUUAUCCAAUGCCACUUCUUUCUACUGGAUGUCGGACAAUCAAGAAGAGCACGUUUCUCAAGUUCAACAAGGAGCUCCGGUUCCAACUGCUGUUCAUGAAAGCGGACGGCAUCUUGCGCCCGCGUAUAGGAAACCCUAUUGGGAGCAGAUCAAUGUCUUGAAUACGCCGUUUGAAGAAGUCAACCAAUUGGAGGGUCUUGACUACUUGUUGAAUUUUCAAUCAAACGAUGGUGGCUUUGCUCCCUCUGAUGAUCUAAGCACUUUUCUUUUUGGCAAAGCCUGGGAACUAGACCAAUGUAGAGCGGAUCAUGAAGAGGCUAAAGUGUGGGCGACAGCCCUUGUGGUUUGGGUUCUGAGGAUUCGAAUGGACAAACUGAAAGAACUUUGGUGUUUGGUUGAAGAUAAGGCCUUGAAAUGGCUUCAAAGCAAUCAUGCCAAUGCAGAUGACGUGCUUGCAAAGGCUCAAAACACUAUUUCGAUAAGUGCAAAAUGAGGCGAUUUGUAUUCCAAAAGGCAUACAACGAGACAGCCUUUUACAGUUAAUCUUAGAUUUCCGUUUGUGGGAUUAAGAUACCGUGUCACUUUGAAUUUGCACAAUAGUACGAACACAUAGGUGUUUUUGGCUUCUAUUUGAAGAAUAAUUGUUGUGUCAGUCCUAUAGCAAGCGGCAUCGCAAUAAAACAACCUAAUGAAGUGCGG